ACAUUGCAAAACCUCCCGAAAAGAAACCCUACUCUUCCCAUUAUAUAAACAUACAAACAUUACACUUGUCAGCGUAAAUCUCACGUCUCUGGUCUAUCUCGAGUUCUUGAUCCUUCAUUCUGUAUUUAUCUUUCUAGAAGACAGCAGAUACAAAUGGCGUUACCAAAUCAGCAGACUGUGGAUUACCCAAGUUUCAAGCUCGUACUUGUUGGCGAUGGUGGCACCGGGAAAACUACAUUUGUGAAGAGGCAUCUCACUGGCGAAUUUGAGAAGAAAUAUGAACCAACCAUUGGCGUAGAAGUACAUCCACUGGAUUUCUUCACAAACUGUGGGAAGAUCAGAUUUUAUUGCUGGGACACAGCUGGUCAGGAGAAAUUUGGUGGCCUUAGGGAUGGAUACUACAUCCAUGGACAAUGUGCCAUUAUUAUGUUUGAUGUAACGGCACGAUUGACUUACAAGAAUGUCCCAACGUGGCAUCGGGAUCUUUGCCGGGUCUGUGAGAACAUCCCAAUUGUGCUUUGUGGCAACAAGGUUGAUGUGAAGAACCGACAGGUGAAGGCAAAGCAAGUUACGUUCCACCGGAAAAAGAAUUUGCAGUACUAUGAAAUCUCGGCAAAAAGUAACUACAAUUUUGAGAAGCCUUUCUUGUACCUUGCCAGGAAACUUGCUGGGGAUGCUAACUUGCACUUUGUGGAAUCUCCUGCUCUUGCUCCACCAGAAGUACAAAUCGAUUUGGCUGCACAGAACCAGCACGAGGCCGAACUUCUUGCAGCUGCCAGUCAACCGCUUCCUGAUGAUGAUGACGAAGCUUUCGAGUAGAGGGAGAAUGUUGGCUGUGUAUUUUCCCCUGUGGUGCAUUCCUUUUAUUAUAUAGUGGCAAUCUCUGUUUUUUUUACUUCUCUCUCAGUCAGAUUCUCAUGAUAUCAUGAAGAGUACCGAGGCCAUCAACCAUAUAUGUGAAGGCUAUUAAAUUGGAACCUUGUUUGCUCCUGGGUAGAUGUUAUUAUAUCAAAACUUCCUAAUGUUGAGCUAUUAUUGAUUUUUGUACUAAAGUCGUGGAAGUUUUAGAUACAUAUGGUUUAACAGUUCUCUGUUUUUAACCUACUCUACUAUAUAAUCUUAAAUGUUCUAUACUGCUUUUUA